ACCAAUCGUCACACAUUCACACCAAAAACUUAAAUCCUAAGUCCGUUUCUCUUUUUUCCCAAAGAACAUGGCCGAAAUUUAUGUCUCCAAUAUUUCUGCAUCACUGUUAGGGAAGCUUGCUUCUCACGUUUAUGAAGAAGCUUCUCGGGCCUAUGUUGUGUAUGAGGAUCUGCAAGGGAUCAAAGACCCUUUGUCAAUUGUCAAUGGUGUACUAUUGGGUGCUGAGGAGAAGAAGGAGCAAAGGCAAGGGCUUCGCGAAUGGCUGAGGCAGAUUCAAAACGUCUGCUACGAUGCUGAAGAUGUGUUGGAUGAAUUUGAGUGCCUAAAAUUGCGAAAGCAAGUUGUCAAAGCUUCAGGCAGCACCAGCAUGAAGGUAGGACACUUCUUUUCUUCGUUAAAUCCUCUUGUUUUCCGUCUUAGGGUGACUCGUCGAAUCAAAGAUGUUAGGGAGAGAUUGGAUAAGAUAGCAGCUGAUGGAAACAAGUUUGGUCUUGAGAGGAUUGGUGGUGAUCAUAGACUUGUGCCUAGGAGAGAAAUGACUCAUUCCCAUGUUGAUGCUUCAGGGGUGAUAGGAAGGGGAAAUGAUAGGGAAGAAAUUAUCAAGCUUUUGAUGCAAUCUCACCCUCAUGGUGAUGGUGAUGGAGAUAAAAGUCUUUGUGUUAUUCCCAUAGUGGGCAUUGGAGGCUUGGGGAAGACCACACUUGCAAAGUUGGUCUUCAAUGAUAAGAGGAUGGAUGAACUUUUCCAAUUGAAGAUGUGGGUGUGUGUUUCUGAUGAUUUUGACAUUAGGCAGAUGAUUAUUAAAAUCAUCAAUUCUGCUGCUUAUGCUUCAGCUCCAGCUAUUGCUACCCAAGAAAACAUUAGCAGCUUAGAUAUUGAGCAGCUACAAAGUCGUCUAAGAUAUAAGCUUUCGGGUCAGAAAUUUUUACUAGUCUUAGAUGAUACGUGGAAUGAUGAUCGGGCAAAAUGGACAGAGUUGAAAGAUUUAAUAAAAGUUGGUGCCGCGGGAAGCAAAAUCAUAGUCACAACGCGAAGUAACUCAAUUGCUUCAAUGAUUGGCACUGUUCCCUCAUACAUUUUAGAAGGUCUUUCCAUUGAGAAUUGUUUAUCUCUGUUUGUCAAAUGGGCAUUUAAGGAAGGUGAAGAAAAAAAAUAUCCAAAUCUAGUGGAGAUCGGAAAAGAAAUUGUGAAAAAAUGCCAAGGGGUUCCAUUAGCCGUUAGAACUCUAGGAAGUUCCUUGUUCUUAAAUUUUGAUUUAGAAAGGUGGGAAUUUGUAAGAGACAAUGAGAUAUGGAACUUACAACAAAAGAAGAAUGAUAUUUCACCUGCCCUUAAGUUGAGCUAUGAUCAAAUGCCGUCCUAUUUGAGGCACUGUUUUGCGUUCUUUUCUCUUUAUCCUAAAGAUUUUGGCUUUACCGGUGCUCUUAUUGCUAAUCUUUGGGCAGCACUUGGAUUGCUUCGAUCUCCAGUUGGAAGUCAGAAGAUGGAGAACAUUGCAAGACAGUAUGUAGAUGAGUUACACUCAAGAUCAUUUCUUGAGGAUUUUGUGGAUUUAGGUCACUUUUACUAUUUCAAAGUACAUGAUUUGGUACAUGAUCUUGCCCUGUAUGUUUCAAAAGGAGAGCUUCUAGUGGUAAACUACCGGACACGAAACAUACCUGAGCAAGUAAGGCAUCUAUCAGUUGUUGAAAAUGAUCCACUUAGCCAUGUUGUGUUUCCCAAGUCCAGAAGGAUGAGAACUAUAUUAUUUCCCAUCUAUGGAAUGGGUGCUGAGAGUAAAAAUCUUUUGGACACAUGGAUAAAGAGAUACAAAUACUUACGGGUUUUAGAUUUAAGUGAUUCCUCUGUUGAGACUCUACCUAAUUCAAUUGCUAAAUUGCAGCAUCUGCGAGCUCUUCAUCUUACAAAUAACUGCAAAAUAAAAAGACUUCCUCAUUCUAUAUGCAAACUCCAGAAUUUGCAGUACUUGUCACUCAGAGGAUGCAUUGAACUUGAAACAUUGCCUAAAGGAUUAGGGAUGUUAAUCAGCCUUCGAAAAUUGUAUAUAACCACGAAACAAUCUAUUCUCUCAGAGGAUGAUUUUGCAAGUUUGAGCAAUCUUCAAACCUUGAGUUUUGAAUAUUGUGACAAUUUGAAGUUUUUGUUCAGAGGGGCACAACUCCCUUACCUUGAAGUUUUGCUCAUUCAAUCAUGUGGGAGCCUAGAGUCCUUACCUCUUCAUAUUCUCCCUAAACUAGAGGUUCUGUUUGUAAUACGGUGUGAGAUGCUAAAUCUGUCGUUUAACUAUGAAAGCCCAAUGCCAAGAUUCAGGAUGAAGUUUCUGCAUCUUGAGCAUUGUUCAAGGCAACAGACAUUGCCUCAAUGGAUUCAAGGAGCCGCUGACACUUUGCAGACAUUGUUAAUUUUACACUUUCCCAGUCUAGAGUUUCUUCCUGAGUGGCUGGCAACAAUGACUCGUCUUAAGAUACUCCAUAUUUUUAACUGUCCUCAACUGUUGUAUCUUCCAAGUGACAUGCUUGGCCUCACUGCCCUUGAAAGAUUGAUCAUAGAUGCUUGUCCUGAAUUGUGUCGAAAAUGUCACCCCCAAUUUGGUGAGUACUGGUCCUUAAUAGCUCACAUCAAACACAUUUCCAUUGGAGAAACAAAAGCAAGGCAACGACUUUUCCGAAUACAGUCCCAGCUGCGGUUGAGAUUGUGAUUAGUAAAACUUGAAAUCUUGCACAGCCAAGGAGACCACAGUUUAAGACCUUACCAUGUAUGAAAUCAUCGACCCUGAAAGUUUAAAUAUUAUUUUCUGGCUAAACUUUUCAAUUCAUUCAGAAUAUGUUUCGUAUGGAUCAAGAUUCAAGAGGAGAAAUCAACGGUUCACCGGUUUUAAAGCCAUUCUUAUUAGGUAUCAUGACUCAUGAGAAUUGUAUGCCAAGAAGUUUUAUGACUCAAAGUCCGAAAUGUGUCGUAUAGAUUCUUGGUAAUUUGCUAGAAUCAUAGGUUUGGUGCCUUGCCAUAUCUGGCCUAGGUACUUUUUGUUUAUUUAUUUGCAUAGUAAUAAUUAAGUUAGAUGGUUUGUUCUGAAUGUCUGUUCAAAAUACAGAUAAAUGCUACUGGAUCAUGCUAUUUUAUGACUCAAUAUGGGUUUAUACAUAUACAACUGUAACUAUAAAUGUUUAGUAAUGGUACACUUUCUUUCUGA